CAGAUCUUUUUUUCUGAUUCAACAAAGCAUGUGCCUUUAAGGAAGACUGUAGAUCUUAAAAAUUGCGGAUUUUUCUUCUUUUUUUCUUCCAUUCCCUCAUAAUUUUACGGAUUUAUGAAUUUUAAACUAAAACAAUCAAAGAAAUUUGCGCAAAAAUAAGAUAUUGGGAACUACAGUACUCCUUAAAGGCGCAUACUCUUUUGAAUCAUAAAAACAUCUUUCGUGCCGGGACCUGAAUCGCAAAGAGUCACAUUUGGGUAAUAUAAACACGAAUAAUUGAGAAUCAGUGGCGUUUUUUUUUCAACUUUUUUGUGAAUUUUUUGCAAAAAUAGCAAUUAAAAAACCUGUUGAAAAGCUCGAAUUUCUGCGAUUUUCUGCGAAAAAAUUGGAUUUUCAUAAUUUUCACAAAAAGCUGAAAUAACCGUUUCAAAAAAGAAGAAAGGCCUAAAAACCGUGCGGCAGACUUGCAAAUUGACGCUCCGCCUCUUUUCUGCGGCUCGAUACAAUUUCUACUAAAAAAUCCGUAUUUCAGUGGCCGUGGAAGAGCAAGUGUUCUGGUUUUCAAUCAAAUAACCGACGGAGCAAGUACAUUCAGACGGCUUGAAAAUGAAGAUUCAGUGAAAAUGGAAGUUGACGACAAUGAUGAAGAAACGGAACGAUCAAUUCCAGUAGAGAAUAUUAAACUAGAGUUAGGAAUUUCUGAUUCCAAUGUUUUUUCUUUCAAAAAAAAAAUCAAUUUUCAGACUCGUUGAGCAACCACCAUCUGCUCCUGAAACCACUCAUGAUCCUGUACUUCAAGAGAUAAAAGCAGAGGAACCCGAUGAUUUCACUGCAUAAUUUCAUUUUAUUUCAUUUAAAUUGUUGAAUUUGUUGUUGUUAAUGUUUGUGAACGAAAUAAAAAUCAUUUUUUCAAAAAUUCCAACUACUCACGUGAACAAAAAAAAAAACUAAUUGUUGGAUUUUGAUCAGAAAAAGGGGAAAGUUUAUCGGGAAAGUAUUGUUCGGCAAUGAACUCGAUCGAGGAAGUGUCAAGCUGUACGAAGAAUCUGGAAGCAGGACAAUAUGUACAAGAAUCCAUGAAUCGGCUUCUCAAUCUGAAAAUGACUAUGGGUCAAUGCAGACGGUUUCGAUUGAAGCAUCUUUUCGAAAGAUAUUCGAAAUUUGAGAAGUUUUCUCAAACUGUGAAGGUUUUGUUGCAUAGAAUUCGAAUUUUGGAGAUGAAACCGACCGACCCUCGACGAAAACGUUUCGCAUCCGAAUCAUUGCCUUGUCGAAAGCUUCCGAAACGUUCACCGAUUCCGAAUAGAAAACCAGUAUCUAUUCCGACAGAGUGGAUAGUAGAACAUCCACCGAUUCCAUCAGUAUCUGAAAAAGUUCCAGAACUGAUUGAUGUUUCUGAACUUCAAAAUCUGGAACAAAUCGAGUACGAACGCCUGCGUCCGACACUUGUCACUCUCACCGCCAGACAACUAAAAUCAUUCAUGGACCGUAAUCCGGAAAUUGAAGAAAUCGCCGACGGACUGUUCAGAAGACAUUGCCAAGUUGAUUGCCCGCAGGACGUACCGUACAAGACUAUGACAGAAACGUGGAGAACUAUUCAUGAUGUGCAUAUUAAUUGGAAAAUGUAUAAUGAGACUUUGCAACAGGAUCGCGUUGAUUCAUAUUGCAUCGAUUGAAUUUCAAUAAACAGUAUUAUGAAUGGG